AUGGCGCCUAGGCGCGGGCGCCGUUGGCGCUGGCGCCGUUCGCGGUGGCCCCUUUGGGCGCGGGCGCCGUGGGCGCUGGCGCCUUUUGGCGCUGGCGCUGGCGCUGUCGCCGUUUGGCGCAGGCGCUGGCGUUGGCGCCUUUUGGCGCUGGCGCUUGCGCUGUUUGGCGCUGGCGCUGGUGCUGGCGCCUUUUGGUGCUGGCGCUGGCGCCUUUUGGCGCUGGCGCUGGCGCCGUUUGGCGCUGGCGCUAGCGCCUUUUGGCGCUGGCGCUUGCACCUUUUGGCGCUGGCGCUGGCGCUGGCGCCGUUUGGCGCAGGCGCUGGCGCCAUUUGGCGCAGGCGCUGGCGCCUUUUGGCGCUGGUGCUGGCGCCUUUUGGCGCUGGCGCUGGCGCCGUUUGGCGCAGGCGCUGGCGCCUUUUGGCGCUGGUGCUGGCGCCUUUUGGCGCUGGCGCUGGCGCCGUUUGGCACUGGCGCUGGCGCCGUUUGGCGCAGGCGCUGGCGCCUUUUGGCGCUGGUGCUGGCGCCUUUUGGCGCUGGCGCUGGCGCCGUUUGGCGCUGGCGCUGGCGCUGGCGCCGUUUGGCGCAGGCGCUGGUGCUUGCGCCUUUUGGCGCUGGCGCUGGCGCCUUUUGGCGCUGGCGCUGGCGCUGGCGCCUUUUAGCGCUGGCGCCGUUUGGCGCAGCCGCUGGCGCCUUUUGGCGCUGGUGCUGGCGCCGGAUGUGGCUUGCAAGGGCUCCGCGGCGGCGGCAACAGCAACGGGGGGCUGCGAGCAACGUCGGCACAAGACGGGUGCGUGA